UCAUUAUCAACUUACAAGUGAGUGCGUGCAGAGAAAUCUUUCGUUUCUUUAAGUCGUGAGCUCAAAAUCUUACAAAACCGAAAUGAAGACCAUGUGUGCUAUUGCUGUUCUUGCCACCGUUUUGGCGAUGGCCAACUGUGCUUCUUAUCAAAUUGCUUACUUGGUACCGGUGGAUACUCCCCUCAACCGAGUAGCUCGUUCGGCGCAAUUCGAUGCUAGUGCAGCCAAUGCUGGUGCUCAUAGUUUCAACAGCGGCUUCGGACACGGAGGACAUGGAGGACACGGUGAUAUCUCAGCAAGCGCAGCCAAUGCCGCUUCUCAAUCCUUCACUCAUGACCACCACCACGGAGGAUACGAAGGACACGGAGAGCACGGAGGACACGGUGGACACGGUGGACACGGAGGCCACAGUGGUCUCUCAGCAAGCGCGGCCAAUGCCGCUUCUGAAUCCUUCACUCAUGACCUCCACCACGGAGGAUUCGGAGGACACGGUGGACACGGAGGCCACGGUGGUCUCUCAGCAAGCGCGGCCAAUGCCGCUUCUGAAUCCUUCAAUCAUGGUCACCACCAUAAUGGCUUUGGAUAUCCAGGAUUCAGCGGAAGUGCUGCUAACGCAGCUGCUCAGAGCUUCUCCGGUGGUGCAGGUGGACAUCAUGGAUUCGGUGAUUUCAGCGCAUCAGCUGCCAAUGCCAACUCGCAUUCCUUCAGUGGAUAAGCAUGGACAGAAAAAUUGCUCAAUUAACUUCGACCAUCCUGCAAAUAUUUGGGAACCUGUGAAAUGAUAUUGUUGAGGACACAAUGCUUUUGCCUUAGUCAGAAAACACAUUUUUUACAAAUCAGUCGCGCACACUUAAAUUAUUAAAUUAAUGCUCAUUCCAUUAUAUAAACAAUGAAAAUACAAAUACAAAAUACAAAAUUCAAAUAAUUUAA